UGAAAGAAGGGAAUUUACUGUAUGAAGAGAACCAAAGAAAUAAGAAAUUCAGAGAAACAAAGAGAGAAGAGAGCCUGAGCUCACCGCCGAAGCUCACCGGAGCCGUCGCUGUCGCUGUUGCCUUCGCAACCGCAGUUCAGAUCAAGCAAAGGCUCAUACCCAUCACUUUCUAUCUUUCUCUCUGGUUUUCGAUUUAAGGCUCACGAACUCGCUCUUUGACUCAGAUCGUUCUUGCAGCUCCGAUCUGCUCCUUCAGGAAUCUGCAAUUUGGAUGAUGCUUGAUUAAGAUUCAAUAUGCUUAUGACUUAUGAGUUGCUGACAAAUCCCUUGUGGAAAAGAGAUUAUGACCUAUUUGGAAUUGAUGAUCAACUUCAUAUUCUUGAGAAUGCCAGCAAGAGUUGUGCUGAUAUUCCUCCUCCUUCUGUAGACUUCCAGUCUAUAUUUCCAGUUACAAAGCCAUGGCUAAUUCAGUUAUAUUCAUCGGGGAGCAAACGCUGUGCUCAAUUUUCAGAAUCCUGGAAUAAAAUUGCUUCUCUAUUGCAUCCGUUUGCAAAUACUGGUAUGGUGGAACUUGGUGAGGUGCAAUUGGCUGUCUACCUAGCUGAUAAAAGAUCAACAGAAAAACCUUACUUCAUAAAUGGAAUUCCAUAUCUUCUUGCUAUUCCUCCCGGAUGCUGUGAUGUAAAAUGUUUUAGUAGAUUUGAUGGAGAGCUUAUUGUGGACAAGGUUACAAAUUGGUUUGCAACAACUGUACUGGCUUUACCUCAAAUUAACUACUACUCGAAGGAGUCACUAGUGCCAAAACUUUUUGGAAAGAGUACUCAUCAUAAGGUAAAAGUAAUCUUUUUCACGAAAUCUGGGGAACGUGCUGCUCCAUUUAUUCGACAAGCAGCAAAAGACUAUUGGGAUUAUGCUUCAUUCGCAUUCAUUCUUUGGCGGGAAGAGGAGUCUUCCUAUUGGAUGGGAGCGUAAGUGAUGAUUUUUACAAAAAUUAAUCUUGUCAAAAGAUUAUUCUAUGUACUACUUUUCCAUGUAGAUGAUACACAAUUUUGAAAUGUAUUUUGGUUUUUUUUUUUUUUUUUUU